AUGUCUCAGAUCGCCCCCGACCAAGGCCGCGCAGGCCUCUCCCUCCCUUCUCCCAUAAAUAUGGAUUGGCAACACCCCGAUCGCGAUGCGCCGCGCACGCUCUACCUACUCGUCCAUCCGCCCACAUCCCUUCUCUCCACCUCCGCCUCUGCGUCCCCAAUUCUUCUCCACCCUCCUCCCCUUACGACUCCUCUCACCCAACAUCCACCUGGCGCGACCUGCACUGCGCGAAAAGACAAGCCAGAUCCAGACGCGGCCGGCGACCUCAGCGAGGCGUCGCCGGACGGCCCGUGGCGCCACAUCGAGCUCGACACCUACAACGUCAAGACGGACCCAUCGCCGCAGCCGCGGUACGUCUUCUGGGGCCCGCGCACCCUUUCGUCCUCGCACGCGCCGCGCGCGCGGCCGCUCGCGCUUGGCGUCGUCGCCCACAGGCAGCGCCGCGCGCUCGAGGCGCUCGCGUGGGACACGCCCGUCAUGCUCCCCGACGGCCGCUGGGACGGGCAGGAGUGGGUGCGCGCGCUGCUCGGCGCCGCGGUCGACGCGGGCAUUGUAGAGCGCGAGCGCGUCGACGCGGCGUUCGAGGCGGCUGAGACUGUGCACGGUCAGAUGCCACCACACGAUGAAUGA